AUGUCGUCGAAUGAUUAUCAACAUUAUGUAUUAAAUGAACAACGAAAACGAAGAAUAAAAUUAUUUCUUGUGAAAAUAUUGGUUUCUGCUCUUUUUAUUAUACCGGCAUAUCCUUUUUCACGUUUUCUAAAAAACAAAAUUCAAAAAAAUAUUCUUAAUGCAGUACAUCUGAAACCCGAUUCAGAUAGUUUCAAAUUGUGGUGUGAUCCACCAGUAACUGCUAUUGUCAAUUAUCAUCUUUUCAAUAUAACAAAUUCUUUUCAAAUCGUUACUAAUCCUAUUUCGACUCCAAUACAUAUUAAGGAUACUCCUUCUUAUACUUAUAAUAUAAAACUAAAUAAAAUAAAUAUUCAAUGGUCGAAUGAUAAUAAAAAUAUAAGUUACGGAGUUGAACGAUUAUUUACUCGUCAUCCAACUCGAUUUGAUCCAUCAUCUGCUAAUGAUACAGGUGUAUUUAUUGAUUUACUUCGAGCAACUUUUCGAACACAAUAUCAACUUAAACCAACAGAAACAUUUUAUGAUUUCGCUGGCAUGAAUACAUUUUAUCAUAGAAAUGCUGUUGAACAAUUAGAAGGAUUUACUUCAGAUUUAUUUAAUAUGAUUAAAGACCAAAUGGUAGGACCUAAUUCCAACAAGACAGGCUUUGUUUAUCGGCAAAAUGGCAGUAGAUUAUUUAAUUUUUCAAUUCAAGUCGGUAAGACUAUAUAUACAUUUUAA